CCCCCCCACGCACCACCCCGACGUCUCCAUGGCGACGCUACCGCCGCCAUGAUCCGGGGCGGCUCGGAGUCGGCUAAUCCGCUUAAAAGCGUAACGCGAUCAAUCCGUCGGCAUCCGCUGCCAUCGGCCGCCACCGCCGCCGAUUAACCCAAUCCCAAGCCCUCUCCGUCUCUUAAUCGGCGGGGAAUCGAUCGCCGUUCGAGCCUAAACCUCGCUGAGAAGGAAGCUUUGUGCGGUGUAGGGGGGGGAGGGAGUCGGCGUCCACCCCGCGUCUCCAUGGCAACCACCACCGCCACCAAUGGCGGCCUAGUCACACGCAACCUAGGCAAAGCCUGGGUCGCGUAAGUUAACAAACUAAACUCACGAUAUAUAUUUUGUUUAAGUUAACGAGAACUUGUUUUUGUUUGUUCAGUUUUAUCUUCGCUCCAUUUCCGUUUGAACUCUCGGCAGAAGAUCGUCGCCGCGUGAAUGGCGCCCGUCACCUUCUACGCGGUCACGGCCGCACCCAACGUCUGGUCUCUUCCGCUCCCUCUGCCCGCCCUCCUCGCCGCCAUCGUGGGGGCCUACGUGCUGCUGCUGGUGCUCGCCCUGCUCCUGCGCUACUGCUGGACGGAAAGGGGAGGCUCCCCGUGUGAUCCCGACGGCUGUUGCUCCCCCUCCUCCUCCUCCUCCUCCUGCACCGACUGCUGUCUGAGCUGUGCUCAGAGCUGCGAUUGCCGAGUGCCCACCGUGGCCGGCUGCCUUGACUCCUGCUGCCCUCGUCCCAACCUCUGUGAGUCCAGGCUCUACCUCUGCUGCCCAGGCUCUGAGUGUCUCUGUCUCUCUGUGUUGUAGCUUUAGUGAGUCCAGGAUCUGAGUGUCUGUCUCUGUGUCUCUGUGUUGUAGCUCUGUGAGUCCAGGCUCUGAGUGUCUGUCUCUGUGUCUCUCAGUGAGUCCAGGGUCUGAGUGUCUGUGUCUCUGUGUUGUAGCUCUGUGAGUCCAGGGUCUGAGUGUCUGUUUCUGCGUCUCUGUGUUGUAGCUUUAGUGAGUCCAGGCUCUGAGUGUCUGUCUCUGUGUCUCUCAGUAAGUCCAGGAUCUGAGUGUCUGCCUCUGUGUCUCUCUGUGUUGUAGCUCUGUGAGUCCAAGCUCUACCUCUGCUGCCCAGGCUCUGAGUGUCUCUGUCUCUCUGUGUUGUAGCUUUAGUGAGUCCAGGAUCUGAGUGUCUGUCUCUGUGGCUCUGUGUUGUAGCUCUGUGAGUCCAGGCUCUGAGUGUCUGUC